AUGUUCAAGAAAGAAAUCCAGGGCGCUCCCAAGCAAAAGCUCAAAUCAUCCGUCCAACGUGGUCUUCGCCAGGGGCUUCUAGACACGUUCCCUCUUCUGAAUCCCUACAUCGACGAGAUCCUACCCAAGAAGGCUUCCCUCUCGAGCGUGAAGCUGACCGACCGCAACACCCUCUACGUCCUCGAUACGACACCUCUCUUCUACCAGCAGGACCUCACAGGCACCCUUCUCCCCCACCUACGUCUCGUACACCGUUUCCCCCAGGCCUUCCCCAGCAUUCGCAUAGAUCGAGGUGCCAUCCGCUUCGUCCUCUCGGGCGCCACCCUUAUGGCCCCCGGCCUGACCUCACCUGGAGGCAGACUACCUGCCGACGGUUCACCCGAAGGUGUGGAGGAGGGUAAAGAGAUGGAACAGCAUCUUGAGAAAGAUGGACGGUGGAGCAGAGAGCUUGUGAAGGGCGAGCCUGUGGUCGUCAUAGCCGAAGACAAGGAGGAGGCCUGCGCAGUAGGAACCCUCGUUGUGGGAACCAAGGAGGUCAAGGAAAAGGGCAAGGGGCCUGUUAUCGAAGACGCUCACUUCCUCGGCGAUGGUCUGUGGAAUAUGAGCACCGACUAA